GCAUGGGUGGCGGCAGCUAUAGCUUCAGCAGCAGCAGCAUGGGUGGCGGCUACGGCGGCGGCUAUGGUGGCGGCUACGCAGGAGCGCCCAUCACCGCGGUGACAGUCAACCAGAGCCUGCUGGCCCCCCUCAACCUCGCGAUCGACCCCACGAUCCAGGCUGUGAGGACGCAGGAGAAGGAGCAGAUCAAGACCCUCAACAACCGCUUCGCCUCCUUCAUUGACAAGGUGCGUUUCCUGGAGCAGCAGAACAAGAUGCUGGAGACCAAGUGGAGUCUCCUGCAGGACCAGACCACCACCCGCUCCAACAUCGACGCCAUGUUUGAGGCCUACAUCUCUAAUCUGCGCCGCCAGCUCGAUGGCCUGGGCAAUGAGAAGUGCAAGCUGGAGGGAGAGCUGAAGAACAUGCAGGGCCUGGUGGAGGACUUCAAGAUGAAGUAUGAAGAUGAGAUCAACAAGCGUGCAGGUGCAGAGAACGACUUUGUCCUCCUCAAGAAGGAUGUCGAUGCUGCCUACAUGAACAAGGUGGAGCUGGAGGCUAAGGUCGACGCCCUGCAGGACGAAAUCAACUUCCUUAGGGCCGUUUAUGAGGCGGAGCUGCGUGAGCUGCAGUCACAGAUCAAGGACACCUCAGUUGUUGUGGAGAUGGACAACAGCAGGGGCCUGGACAUGGACUCCAUCGUGGCUGAAGUGCGCGCUCAGUAUGAGGACAUCGCCAACCGCAGCAGAGCUGAGGCAGAGACCUGGUACAAACAGAAGGUAUGGAAAUUUAUGCUUUCUCUUCCUCUCUCUCUAUCUCUCCCUCACAGACACACAGACACACACACACACACACACACACACACGCAACAAUUGUGGUAUUUGUGUUGGUAUUUAUCAGUGAGUUUGAUUUUCCUUUCCUCCCACCAGUACGAGGAGAUGCAGUCCUCAGCAGGUCAAUACGGAGAUGAUCUGCGCUCCACAAAGGCAGAGAUCGCCGAGAUCAACCGCAUGAUCGCCCGUCUGCAGAACGAAAUCGAUGCUGUCAAGGGACAGCGCGGCAACCUUGAGGCACAAAUCGCAGAGGCUGAGGAGCGUGGGGAGCUGGCAGUGAAAGAUGCCCGUAUCCGCAUCAAGGACCUGGAGGAUGCCCUCCAGCGCGCCAAGCAGGACAUGGCACGCCAGGUGCGCGAGUACCAGGAGCUCAUGAACGUCAAGCUGGCGCUGGACAUUGAGAUCGCCACCUACAGGAAGCUGCUGGAAGGAGAGGAGAAUAGGCUGACUUCAGGUGGCUCCAAUGCUGUUGUUCAUGUCCAACAGAGCAGUGGUGGAACUCUCUCAAGCGCUGGCGGCUUUGGAUAUGGUGGUGGAUAUGGUAUGGGUGGCAGUAUGAGCAGCGGUGGAUAUGGUAUGGGUGGCGGUAUGAGCAGCGGUGGCACCACCAUCACCAAAUCCUCAGUGAUGUCCAGCAGCAGUUCACGGCGUUACUGAAAAGCCCACACUCCCUCGCUAAUACUACUCCAGUUCCUCAAACCCAACCCUUAAACCUUUCAUUGCCGGCCAUUAACCUUUAUGCAUACAUUGAAGUUCCAAACGUAAUCUUGACCCCGAUGUCACCAGCUUACAGUGACAUGACAAAAUAACAAGUGAGCCAGCGGCCAUCAGAAGGGGGAGGUGCAAUCGUUUGACCCCACCCCCAUUGCCCACAAAGGGGUGUGGUCAUUUCUGGUGCUCCAGUUCUCAGGGUACUAAAUGUUUACAAAUUGCGUGGUAAAAUGAGUCAAUUUGUUUGUGCCCAUGAUAACUAAACAUGGCACAAUUUUCUCUGUUAAAGUUGAAAACUACAUUUAUGUCAAAUGGCUCAGAAACUGUAAAAGGAAGUUAGGUCAAAAGUACCUGACCACUACCACCACCACACACACAACCCUCCUCCCUCUGUCUUACUGGCACUGUUUGCUCUCCUGUCGCAAAAUCUAAACAGAAGCAUUGUUGUAACCAGGUUUAUUUUUGAUCAGACCAUCAGUAAACAUAAAUAAAUCUGAGAUAUAAAGACA